AUAUUACAAUGUUGCAAGCUGACGUAAGGACAUUACAAGGAAAGGGCUACAUUUCGGAGUGUUUAUGAAAAGCCUCGGUACUGUACUGUCACCAGGGGGCAUGCAAUAUAAUGCAUUUCGCCAAACAUUUUGAAUAAUAAUCAUUUAACAACAACAACAACAAAAAAGCCCCAGUCCGGUCGGAGCUCGCAGAGCCAGAGGAACCAUGCAGCCAAACUUUGGGAAGCCCUUUAUUAUUUUUCUGACAUUGCUAGCUCGCCCUUGAGGAGCCGUAAUUGCAUUAUCUGAUUUUUUUCCCCCCUUCUUUUCUUCCCCCUUCCCCCCCUCCCCGCUCCGUCUCUCGACAUUGCAAAUUUGCGUGCAUUUUGGAAGGAGAAGCCGCAAAAGCUACCUAGCGGCAGGAGCCGCAGCGAGCCCUGCGUGCUUGCCUGGGAGUCCAGUGUUGUUUUGAAGGGAGCUAACAUGGCGACGGUGCCCGUCUAUUGCAUCUGUAGGCUGCCCUACGACGUAACCCGCUUCAUGAUUGAAUGCGAUGCCUGCAAGGACUGGUUUCACGGCAGCUGUGUGGGUGUUGAAGAAGAAGAGGCACCAGAUAUUGACAUCUAUCAUUGUCCUAAUUGUGAGAAAACCCACGGAAAGUCUACCCUGAAAAAGAAAAGAAAUUGGCAUAAACACGAUACUGGACAGACUACAGAGGUCAAACCUGUACAGAACGGGAGUCAAGUCUUUAUAAAGGAACUUCGAAGUCGUACUUUUCCAAGUGCUGAAGAUAUAGUAGCGAAAGUGCCAGGCAGCCAACUAACAACAGAGUAUUUGGAAGAAAAUGGCUUCACGGAACCCAUCCUCGUUCCGAAGAAAGAUGGCCUGGGUUUGUCUGUACCUGCACCCACGUUCUACGUCAGCGAUGUUGAAAACUACGUUGGACCCGAGAGAAGUGUUGAUGUCACUGAUGUCACCAAACAGAAAGACUGCAAGAUGAAGCUAAAGGAAUUUGUUGAUUACUACUACAGUACGAACAGGAAAAGAGUCCUCAACGUGACUAACCUGGAGUUCUCGGACACUAGGAUGUCCAGUUUUGUAGAGCCUCCAGAUAUAGUUAAGAAGUUGUCAUGGGUGGAAAACUAUUGGCCUGAUGAUGCUCUUCUGGCUAAACCAAAAGUUACCAAGUACUGCCUGAUCUGUGUGAAGGACAGCUAUACAGAUUUCCACAUAGAUUCUGGAGGAGCAUCUGCAUGGUACCAUGUGCUGAAGGGAGAAAAAAUAUUUUAUCUUAUCAAACCAGCCUCUGCAAAUAUUUCUCUUUAUGAACGCUGGCAGUCGGCAGCAAACCACAGUGAAAUGUUUUUUGCAGACCAAGUAGAUAAAUGUUAUAAAUGCACAGUUAAACAAGGACAGACACUCUUCAUUCCAUCCGGUUGGAUUUAUGCAACUCUAACACCUGUAGACUGCCUAGCCUUUGCAGGACAUUUUCUACAUAGUCUAAGUGUUGAAAUGCAGAUGAGGGCAUAUGAAGUAGAAAGACGACUGAAAAUUGUCAGUCUGACCCAGUUUCCAAACUUUGAAACUGCAUGUUGGUAUAUGGGAAAGCAUCUACUAGAGACAUUCAAAGGUUUGCACAAAGCUGGGCAACAGCCUCCUGCUCAUUUACUUCAAGGAGCAAAAAUUCUCAAUGGUGCUUUCAGGUCAUGGACUAAAAAACAGGCUUUAGCAGAGCAUGAAGAUGAACUACCAGAAAACUUCAAACCAGCACAACUUAUCAAGGAUCUUGCCAAAGAAAUAAGAUUAAGUGAGAAUGCUUCGAAAGCCAGCAAAGCAGACACGAGUGCCAACGCAAACACCGAGGAGGUUUGUCCUGUGGAGAAGGAGGAGGCACCGUCACCUGUCCAAGUGACACCUCCACCCCCACCCGUAGAAAAAGUCCCCAAAAAAAAGACUCCAAAAACUGUGAAAACCCCCAAACAACUUAAGCCAUCCAAACCCCCCAAGCCUCCGAAGCCACCUAAACCCCCCAAGCCUCCCAAAACGCCGAAAGUCAAGGGAGAAGGAAAGAAAAAAGGAAAGAAGGCAAAAGAGAGCCCACCGCCAGCCAUCCCAAAUCUCGACCUGCUGGAGGCACACACAAAGGAGGCUUUGACAAAGAUCGAGACACCAAAGAAGGGCAAGGCCGCAAAGAAUGUUUUAAGUGUUCCCAGUAAGGAAGCUGCUAGUAAGCAGAAUGAGGUGGAGAAGUUUGAAAUUCGAGAGCAGAAUAAAAGCAAAACAGAAGCCAAAUGGAAAUAUAAGAACAGUAAACCUGAUUCACUACUAAAAAUGGAAGAGGAACACAAAUUGGAAAAGACACCUUUAUCAGGAAAUAAGGACAAUAAAUUUACAUUCUCUUUCUCUAAUAAGAAGCUGCUUGGUUCCAAGGGAGUCAAAACCCAGCUGAAUACUACUGUGUUUGGGUCCCUGCAGAAUUUUAAAGAAGAUAAAGCAAAACCUGUACGAGAUGAGUAUGAAUAUGUGUCAGAUGAUGGUGAACUAAAAAUUGAUGAGUUUCCAAUCAGAAGAAAGAAAAACACUACAAAAAGAGAACUGCCCUUUUUAUCAGAUAAAAAAGACACUCUGCAGCACACUCCUGUUAAGAAGCCAAAGGUGGAGUCGGUAUCAUAUAAGAGUGAUGAUUCAUCCGAUGAAGAUUUGCUUCAUAUUGACACAGAGGCAAAGCCAGGGCGUAAUUCCAAAGUAAAGAAAGAGAGUGGAAGUUCAGCAGGAAUUCUAGAUCUUUUGCAGGCAAGCAAGGAAGUUGGAGGUUUAGAGUAUAACACCAACAGUCAGCCACCCGCCUCACCCAGCACGCAAGAAGCAAUCCAGGGGAUGCUAUCAAUGGCAAAUCUCCAGUCAUCAGACUCGUGCCUCCAGACAUCAUGGGGUACAAAUCAAGCGAAGAAUAACUCCAUCUCCACUCAAAACUCCAAAAAAACAGGCAGUGGUAGCAACAAAAAUGCAGGCAAGCGGUUACUAAAGAAAAGCACAAAAAACAAUGUUGACAUUGAAGAUUAUGAUGAAGAUCAGGACCACUUAGAUGCCUGUUUUAAAGAUUCCGAUUAUGUUUACCCUUCUCUUGAAUCAGAUGAAGAUAAUCCAGUAUUCAAAUCCCGAUCAAAGAAAAGGAAGAGUUCAGAUGAUGCCCCAUACAGUCCGACAGCAAGAGUCGGCCCCUCAGUGCCUCGACAAGAUAGGCCGGUGCGAGAGGGCACGAGAGUCGCCUCCAUUGAAACUGGACUUGCCGCUGCUGCUGCAAAGUUGUCACAGCAGGAGGAACAAAAAGGCAAGAAGAAAAAAAAUACCAAAAAGAAGCUGUCAACCAACAACGCGAACAAACCGGCUCAGGAAGGCAGCUCUCCAGAGCCAAAGCUGGAGUCACAUGCCAGCAGCCUCACAGAUCACGAGUACACCGCAGGGGCCAGCACCUUUGGGGUCGCCCAGCCUAACAGGGGAUCGCAGCCGAUGGCGCCUGGUGUUUUCCUCACACAGAGGCGACCUUCAUCAUCCUCACAGAACAACGCCUCCGCCAAAGGGAAAUGCACGAAAAAGGGGAUGGCCACGGCCAAGCAGCGGCUCGGGAAGAUCCUGAAGAUCCACCGGAACGGGAAGCUGCUCCUCUAGCCGCCGGCACCACGAGGCUGCGGCCGGGGGAGCCAGGCAGCGCGGCGCCCCAGGGACGCCGCCAGUAAACUUUUUGCCACCACGAUAAUAACCCCUUAACUUUCAGCGGUUGGAGUGUACAGAAUCCUGCUAUAAAUAUUUUUUAAUAUAGAUGUCCUUUCUCAGAGUGCUGAGAGUGACUAGUCCGCAAAAAGUUAAUACUAAUCCGGGCCGCCGAAGAGCGUGCCGGCCCCGCCCGCGCCGAGACGCCGCGUCGCGGAGCGCAGAGCCGCAGCGCGCCGAGAGACGGCCGCCGCCGCCGCGCCUCUUCCCGCCCAGCGACGGGGAAAGGAGGGGCGGCGGGGGCGGGGAAGGCCGGGCGGGCUGGGGCGGGGGCGGGCGGCCCUGCUCGGCGGGCUGGGGGCGGGGCCGCGGCGGCCGCUGGAGGCGGCGGGGCCCUUGGGGCGCGGCGCCGUGGCCGCCGGGGGCCGGGCGGCCGUUGGGGCGUGGCCCGCGGCCGUCGGGGGCCGGGCGGCCGUUGGGGGCGGCGGUGUUUGGCUGUGAGGCGGCGCUCGAGGCGCUCGGUGCGUUUCUCAGGCAAUCCCGUGUCGUACUUUGUAGAUGCGUUUCCCGAGGCAUCCUUUUCCUAGAAUGUAGCUUGUACAUAGCUUUUGGAAUAACAACAACUUGUUUUUUAUAAGGGGAAAGUCUCUUCGGAGCUUCGUUUGUACGGGCGCCGCCGCGGCCGCGUCCCGGGCGGGGGCGGGGGGCCCGGCGGGCCCGCGCCGCCGCCGAUACCAGCUCUUUGUGUAACUUCUUGUACGAGGAGGGAGACAGUUAUUUUACUAGCACCUUGUGGAGUGUUUCCGUGUUUUGUGACGAUGUAAUUUAUUAAUGUUUGUAGCUUUUUAUAUUUGUACAUUUCUUAUGGGCUUUGUUUAUAUACACACAUUACCGGGGCGUGGCGCCCGCGGGGAACCAGAGCCACCCGCAGCCGCGGCCGGGACGGGUGAGGGCCGCGAGGGCCGCGCCGGCCUGGGCGUCGCGCCGGCUUUUUUUAUUAUGAUUAUUAGUAUUAUUAUUUUUUCGCGACAUGUACAUUUCUAACAAAGUUUAUCGUGGCUAUCUAUCUAUGACGGUGUUUUAUUUACCGAUUCAUAUCAAAUGCUCUUGUAUCGAGUUCACGAAAUCUAAGUAAGCCUAGAGCAAAGUUUAAAAAAAAAAGAAAGCAAAGUAAACUAUUUCAGGUUUUGUAUACAA